AUGAAAAUCGCUCGUUGGCUCCUGGGAAGAGGUACCGAGCAUGUUGGCUUGGUGCUAGGAAAUGACACAGCCGGAAAAACUACGUUGAUUUAUAGAUUGAGAUACGGCGAACCUGUCCAGACUAUUCCGACCAUUGGUUUCAAUGUUGAGACAUUUGAGUACCCAGAUGGCGAUAAACUCACGCUAUGGGACAUUGGAGGAUGCGAUCAAAUCCGACCUCUUACUCAACAUUAUAUGCUAAAAGAUCGCUUCAUCAUAUUUCUGCAGAGCUGCGAAGAUUUGGAUCCUGAUAGAAUUGAGUUUUCUAUGGAGUAUCUUCGCAUGUCGAUGAGUAUGAUGGAGGGCUUUGAAGCGAAGAACAUGUUUAUCCUGUUCAACAGGCAGGAUCACCUUUCACUAGAGGAAGCAGCCAAAGUCGUCAAGGACCUCAAGGUGGUUAUUGAGAAAGAGAUCAAGCCAUAUAAAAACAAGCUUGAUAUCAGGAUCUUGGACUAUCCUGGCUUCAGCGCGUUGUAUGGUACACAAGUGCAUCCCGCUAUUGAGGAGAUCAGGAAGGCUCUGAAGCCUGUUAAGCCAGCGCAAAACACCAAAGCUGAGAUUGAACAGAGGGAGAAGGGUCCGAGUGAAGAGGAACUUCUCAACCGGAUCAGACAGGCAAAUGCCAAAAGCGCUGACGCGAAAACGUUCUGGAGCGCUUUUGUGGAUGGUAGUCUUGAGUCUUGGGAUCACUAUACCCAUCUCAGAGCUGGCCUUUUCGUCAUGCAUGAUUGUUUCGCUAGGGGACUGGGUCUGUUGGAAUGUGCGGAUGAGUUUAUGGCGCAUCUGAAUCGAUUGAGAGAGGGCAACCCGGAGAGAUUUCGUAAUACUGCACACAAAACAAUGACAAUCUUCUGGCUACAUCAGAUCCAGGUCGCUGCUCUCGAGCACCAGGCAAGCAAAGCACUUGACAAAUUUCCUGCACCGGAAGAGUAUGCGGACAUCGUCUUCUCGGCACCACGUCUGAUGAACUCUGGUUUGUGGAGAGCCUAUUACACCAAAGACCUGCUCUUCACACAGGAGGCCAGAGAGAAUUGGCAUCUUCCUGAUUUGCAGCCUCUUCCAACUGUCAGCCAAGUUACCUCCGAGAAGCCACAACAGCAGAAGUCUGUUAACGACGUUGAUCGACUGCCUCGCUUUGCUUUCUCUGUCGUCCAGAAGACGUUAACCUCUAAACUUAGACGUGGAGGAGUCGUGAAGCAAGCUCUCGAAGCUCUCCAGUCAUCUACGAUGCGACUCCGUGCUUCAAAUCCUUCGAUCUCUCCUUACUCCGAGACACAGGCAUACUUUUGGAUUCAGAUCAUCCACGCCUAUAUUCGCUCUCUAGAAGUAGAAGACUCUUCAGUGCAUAACAACCUCAACGGUCUUGGUCCAGCGCUGACCUAUGAAGCAUUCAAAUCCCUGUUUGGCAUAACCGGCGAAGAGUGGCGUCAGUACUACUCGCAAUCUACAUGGGAAAGCAUCACAGCCCGAAUGAGCUUCGUGAACCCCGACAAGAAAGCCCUGCCAAACGUUUUCGGGUUGCCGUCGCAAGCGAGAAUGGAUCUUGCUCGAUCGCAGAUGGUCAAUGCGAUAAGCCAUCGCUUGACAGGACCUUCAGACUUACCGCCUCGUGAAGAGCUGGACUUCCAAGCCGCUGUUCUCAUCGACGAAGCGAAGCUUAUGCCCGAGUCUGAACUCAACGUCGCCAGCCAUGCGAGUCUCCUACGAUUCCUCUUCACUCGCCUAUCUGGCCAAAGUGAUACUACCACGAAGGGAACCAAGAGAGCUGCCUCGCUGGCGUCGUCUGCAGCAUUGGAAGUCGCCAAACAGGUCGGUUUGACACAGAGUAUGUUCUGGGUACAGCAAAUUCAACUCGCGCUAGCUGGAAGUAAUACCGAAAGCUUCGAGGAGCUUGUCAAGAGAAGUUCGCACUUAGCUUACGAGGACCUGCCGUUUACUCAUUAUUCACCUCAAUUGUGGGAGAGUGCUGAGGCGAGGGAGGCUUAUGUGCCGCCUGAUAGACGAGCGGUUUCUAGCGUUGUCGCUAGAAAGGCAUGA